AAAGGAUCCCUCUUACACACUAAGUAUUACAUUCCUCAUAUUACCUACAUCCAAUGGAAAGCAUUAGAAGUCUAGUUGCAGAGAAACCAGUGGUGAUAUUCAGCAAAAGCACUUGCUGCAUGAGCCAUUCAAUCCAAACACUGAUCUCAGGGUUUGGAGCAAAGAUGACAGUGUACGAGCUUGAUCAGUUGUCAAAUGGACAGGAGGUGGAGAAAGCAUUGGUACAAAUGGGGUGUACGCCGAGUGUACCAGCUGUGUUCAUAGGGGAACAGUUAAUUGGUGGUGCUAACCAGGUAAUGUCUCUCCAAGUGAAGAACCAACUAACCGCGUUGCUAAGAAGAGCCGGAGCCAUAUGGGUUUGACUCCAAAUAAUGCAACUAGUAAAUAAUAAUAACAAGAAUAUAUACUACUUUGUUUUGCCUUUUUUCGGGUUUCGGGUUUCUACCACAAUGCACUGUUAUGUUUUCAACAACAAGUGCAAGUGUGUAGUAGUCACACAAACCCUGGUGCUAAGAUCAAGAAGUUGUGUAUUCUAUUAAUCAUACUUGUUAUAUCAAAAUUUGUGUAAACACAUAAAAACCGUAUCAGCAAUGCUUAUUCAAAACUAAUACAUA